AUGAAUAGUCUCAGCCAGAAACAAAGUGGCACUCUCACGGGCUUUUCCAUCGAACUUUCCAUCGCAAACCAGCUUUUGGGACGUAACUCUUCAUUAAUCAAUGUACCUUUCCUUAAUUACCUUCAAGGCAUUCGCUCUCGUGCUGGCGCAGGGCCUGUCGUUCGGGUCGGUGGUAACUCGCAAGAGAGUACCGAAAUUUUCUUGGAGACUUUCCAGCCUCAUCAUGAAUUUCUGAACAAAACCGUCAUUCCUGGCACCAUAACUCCCGAAGUUAACAUUGCGUUGGAUCUAUUCUAUGCAAUGUCCAACAUUAGUACAUUUGUCGAUGUUCAGUGGUAUGCUGGCCUACCGUUCGCCGCUCCUUUGAACCUUUCGGGCAUUGCCACGAUGACGGCUUAUGCGGAGCAAGUGCUUGGGGAUAACCUAAUCGCUCUCCAACUAGGCAACGAACCGGAUUUGUACGUCUCGCCCACCGGAACACGUCCUACUGGAUACUCAAUCCAAAAUUUUAUGUCGGAAUGGAACCAAUCCAUUCAGGUUAUGCAACAGGACAGCGCCAUUACGAAUGAAUCGAUCCUUAUCGGGCCUUCCAUCUGCUGUGACAUCGAUGGGCAAUGGAGCAUCGAUCAAGUCAUUAACGCCGGCUAUAUCAGCACGUUCAAUAAACAGCUCAAGCAACUCGCGGUGCAGUAUUAUCCUAACGAUAAUUGCGCGGGUUACAACCCCCCUACUGCGCAAAGCAUUUUCCCUAAUUACCUGAUGCAUACUAUGGCAACGAAUUCGGUUCGCCAGUAUCUAAAUGCCUCAGUUGUUGCACAGAAGGCUGGGAAGCCUUUUAUCAUGUUUGAGACAAACACGGCUUCUUGUGCUGGUUUCCCCGGAUUGUCGGAUAGUUUUGGCGCUGCAUUGUGGAGCGAAGAUUAUACAUUACAGCUAGCUUAUGUGAAUUUUACAAAUGUCCUUUUCCACUUUGGUGGUCAAAAUUCUUCAUACAACCCGUUCACCCCACCUCCAUCCAACUGGAGUCAGGCUCUAAAUAAUAUGUGGAGCACUGGUCCUGUUUACUAUUCUGCCCUCAUGGUCACAGAGGCCCUUGGAUCGUCGAACCAAUCCCAAAUUGUUGACCUAACUCUCAACAACAACAACCCAUACACCGUAGGCUAUGCCAUCUACGAGAAUGGUAAUCCUAUGCGCGUCGUUUUAAUCAACUUUAUGAAUGAUCCAACCGGUGCCAGCGACUUCACCGCAACUGUUGCGAUUGGUGGUGGCACGUCGGGACAGCCAGCAGCCAAUCCAACGUCAGCCACAGUGAGAUACUUGAGUGCGCCCAGUGUGACGGAGAAGCGGAAUAUUACAUGGGCUGGCCAGUCAUGGGGGGCAUUAUUCAGCAGUGAUGGGAGACCGCAGGGUAACGUUAGCACGCUGACCGUCCAGUGCAAUUCGAACAACGGUUGUCCUGUCAAGGUUCCUGCGCCAGGCGCAGCUCUCGUAUUCCUCUCGGAUCAAUCGGUAACUGAGUCUGGACCGGGGACACUCACCGAAACAUUCACAACAUCCGUGUAUAAGUAUCCGAAUGAACCAACUAUUGCUCAAGCCGUUUUGGCGACAAGUAAUGGGAGGGGUGGCAAGGGUCAGCCUCCGCAGUUAUUGGACACGAGCAAAGGACAGGGUAAUGGCGAUCCCCUGGGUGCGAGCGUGUCGGUGCUUUGUAUUCUUUUGGCCGCAUUGGGAGCAAGUAUUGGAUUGCUUCUCCGUGGUUGA